AUGGAAGCUUGCUCCUUGCAGUCAGCAACAGUAACCACUGUACCCUCCUCUUUUUCUCAUGGGUUUAAAGACAAGCCUUUUCUACGUGGUCAGGUCCUCAAGAUUUCCAAUUCAGAGAGGUAUCCAAAUGUCAGAAAGCUUGGAUUUCUUCGUACCAAAGCUCAAGCUUCAGGGACAAAGAAUUCCAGCUCAGAGAUAGUUGAGGAGGUCACAGGAAGGGUAGGUCUGAAAGAUGAGAAUGUGGUAUUUGUUGCUGGUGCUACUGGUAAAGUUGGUUCACGAGCAGUAAGGGAGCUUUUGAAACUUGGGUUUCAAGUCAGAGCUGGCGUCAGGAGUGCUCAGAGAGCCGCCACCCUUGUGCAGAGUGCUAAGCAAAUGAAGCUUGAUGUUGAAAGUGCAAGCCAAGGAAGCCAACCUGUAGAAAAGCUUGAAAUUGUGGAGUGCGACUUAGAGAAACAAGAUCAGAUUGGACCAGCAUUGGGAAGUGCUUCAGUUGUCUUGUGCUGCAUUGGUGCAAGCGAGAAGGAGAUUUUUGAUAUUACCGGACCAUAUCGGAUUGACUAUCUGGCUACCAAAAAUCUUAUCGAGGCAGCAACUGUUGCAAAAGUUAACCACUUCAUAUUGCUUACAUCUCUGGGAACAAACAAGGUUGGAUUUCCCGCAGCUAUUCUUAAUUUAUUUUGGGGUGUCCUGAUUUGGAAAAGAAAGGCAGAAGAGGCACUGAUAGCCAGUGGACUUCCCUACACUAUAGUGAGACCCGGUGGAAUGGAACGGCCUACUGAUGCUUACAAGGAAACUCAUAACAUUACUCUCUCAACGGAAGAUACUUUAUUUGGAGGUCAAGUGUCGAACCUGCAGGUAGCUGAGCUCAUGGCGUGCAUUGCCAAAAAUCGUGGGCUUUCUUAUUGCAAAGUAGUUGAAGUAGUUGCAGAAACAACUGUUCCAUUGACUCCUCUGGAGGAACUUCUGGCAAAGAUACCAUCUCAACGCGCUGACAUUUACUCACCAAAGGAAUUUGGUGGUAGUGCUGCUGCUGCUGCUUCUGAUCCAGAACCUUCUAAGAGUGCCACACCUGAGAAACCAAGCACUCCCAUUGAGAAAGUACCGUCUAAAGAAGUGCUCGUAAAACAGCCAUCAUCUCCUUAUAUUGCCUAUGAAGAUUUGAAGCCACCAACAUCUCCUACUCCAUCAUCUCCUUAUACUGUUGGUGCCAAGAAAGCAACUGAUUUAGAUGCCACGCCUUCAGCACCAGAGGCCACCCCUUCUCAGGAAACUUCAAAAGCUAUUUCAGAUGAGAAAAUCAGCAUAGAAGAGACUCCAACUUCUGUGAAUGAGAAUAGUUCUCCCUCUCAUGAAGUGUUAAUAACACAGCCUCUUUCACCUUAUUUCGUUUAUGAGGAUUUCAAGCCACCAACUUCUCCAAGACCAACACCUGCUGGUCCCAGAAAAAAUCCUUUGGAUGCCUCAGAUUCGGUAGAAGUUUCCUCCACACCGGUAGAAGCUGUAUCACAAUCAAGUGGAGGCAAUGAUGCUACGGCAAGCGGUGCGUCUGUUUCUCCCCAGAAACCCACUCAUAGCCAUUCACCCUACCCUGCAUAUGACGAUUUCAAGCCCCCUUCAUCACCAUCUCCUAGUCCUCCGACCACAUCACUCCUUUCAACACCAGCUGCAGACAAUGGAUCCCAGCCGGGUACCUUAUCAGUCAACAGAACAGUCAAAAUUCCAACAGAACAUACACAAAGUGACACAGACCAACAUACCAAACCAAAGCCAAAACCACAAUCACCUUUCACUAUGUACGAAGACUUAAAGCCUCCAGCAUCGCCCAUGCCAUCCCUAAAGAAAUCCUAGUCCCAUCAAUUUUUUACAAGAACCAUAUAUAGGUGCUAGUAAAUCUGAACUUUGCACCAAGGAUUGGCAAAGUUUGUAUACUCAUGAAGAGGAAGCAGCUGAGAUUGCGGGAGUCUUAUUCUUGGAAACUAUAAUGUCAACAGUGUAUGUGUAACUGUGUGAAUAUAUACCUCAAGAUUAUGCAAACUCCAGCAACGUAAUUUCGCUUGAAUAAAUGAUAAUUUUA